UUCCUUCUUGCCACCAGAUGGCAAGCCGAUCGAAUACAUGAAAUACAUAUGUGAAUAGUGCCGCUGUGAAAUAUAAAAAAAGACAAAUAAAUUAAAAUUCUCUUUUAUAAAAUGUUCAACUAUUUGCACGUGCAAUUAUUCAAAGAAAAUAAAUAGAUAUUUUUAUUGUUAUUAUUAAAAAUAAGUGGUGCAUAAUAUAUUUGAAUGUUAAGUGUCUGAGCUUUUUUUUUUUUGUUAUAAAAUAAAAAUUGGUUUAUAAUAUAAACUAUUUUAAGAAUGUCCUUGAUAUUACGAGCUAAUUUAAGACAAAAAUGUCUUAUUUAUUUUGGAGAUACUAAGAACUUGAGAUACAGUUAUCCCUGCGUGAACUACAAUAAGAAUUAUGUUAAGAGAGCUGUUCAUAAUGAUCACAAAUAUUCUCAAGAAAAGGUUUCAGAAAUCUAUCAUGGGAUUCUGAAGAGUAAAGUUCGUAAUUUGAAGAUAUUUUCUUUAGGAACAACGGCUUGUACAAUUGCAAUACAACCUUUUUUUAUUACAAAUUGUAGUACACUGGACAGUAUAAUAGGUAUUGUAGGAUCCAUUGUAUUUACAAUGUUUUCAAUAUUUAUAACUGUGUUAUUACAUAUAAUAACAAGGAGAUAUGUGACAUAUAUUUAUUAUGAUUCUGAAAGAGACAAAUACCUUGCUACAACCUACAGCUUAUUUCUUCGUGAAAAUAAAAUUGAAUUUACACCAGCUGAUGUCGCACUACCAAAGAUUAAUGCUAUGAUUACAACAUGCUUUAUUAAAGGCAAACCAUUACUAUUUGAUGAAAAUUAUUUUAAUGAUUACAGUCAUUAUCAAAAAAUAAUGGGAUUUGAUAAACCAAUAGAUUACAAGUUGAGUAAUCCUAAUUUAGAUAAUGUAACUAUCAAAAAAGAUUUCUCUGAAAAGACAAAAUAAAAUAUAAACAUUAUAAUUUAA